GUAAAGGAGGAGGAAUCCAAAGGUAGGGUUCAGAGCCCCGGCCCCUGAGAGGAAGGUGGCGCCUUUGGCACCGGGAGGGACACGUCUGUCAUUCAGAUUCAGCCCCAGAUGGCCCAGAGGCGGCCGGAGUUGGGGACUGUAGCUAAGGAGAGCCGCCUGCGUCACUGACCCCAUGGGAGCUGAGGACCCCAAGUGAAGGAGCAGGAAUGAAGGAGGGAAGUGGGCCCAGGACCGAGCCUUGGGGGAGGCCCAACGAGAUGGGAUGGCACAUGGAUGAGAGAGCAGCAAAGAUUAUGGAGAAGAUCCUGAGGGGGCAGCAGGGUGGCUCAGUGGGUAGAGCCAGGCCUGGACACAGGAGGACCAGGUUCAAACUUGGCCUCAGAUCCUUCCUAGCUGUGGGACCCUGGGCACGUCUCUUAGCCCCCGGGAACCAGUACCAAAUGGAACCACAACGAAAGGUUUAGUAACCAGCCCUGAAAGAUGAGCAAACCAGGGCGCAGAAGCUCCUGGGGCAGGAUGUGUGCCCCAGCGCCUGGCACCUUCCUUUUUGGGUUCCAGGCCCGUGAUUUCUGGGGAGAGCUGGCAGCAGCCGUUCUGCACCCCACAGCCCAAGAGAGUUUUAGGGGGGGACCUUCUGGGACGCGCCCUGCCUGGUGCCAGCAGCCUGGCAGAGGUGGGAUUUGGGCCCAGCCUCCCUGACACACUUAGCGGCCCGCUUGCUCUCCACCGAAGGGUGGCACCUCUUGCCUAACACCUUCAGGAUCCCUGUUGAAUCUCCUCCCUGGGAGGCUGCUCUCCACCAGCACAGACGGCGCCCCCUCCCUGCCCUAGUAAUGGCCCGGCUUCUCAUGCUGUCUGCACAGCCAGCGCUCAGACGUUUGGUGCCCCGAGAGAAGAGCAAUUGGGUUCCAUUCGCAGCGUGGCCAUGGAAUGGCUGCGUGACCUUGGGCAAGAAACAGCUCCCCUGUAGGCCUCGGUUUCCUCCUUUGUCAAAUGACCAAGUGGCACUGCAUGGCCUCUAAAGUUUCCUGCCAGACGCAGACCUUGCAUGCUGUGGUCACAGUUCUCCCAUGGGAGAAGGCCCUGCAACUGAGCUUUGGGUGAGACGAAAGAGCGGGGAAGGGCCUGAGCCCAAAGGAGGGCCCAGGGAAGAAGCACCCCUGCCGUGGGUGGGGGGAUGAUCUGGGCAGCCAAUCCCAGGGCCCUGGGAGCUCUCAGGGGCUGGGGUCACCUUGCAGGUGCUGCUUUGCAUCCACAGAAGGAGUUUCUGGGUCAGGACCGAAAAAGGAAGCAGGGCAGAUGCAAAUAGGCCCUGGAGGCCUGACCCAGCUUGGGGCCCGAUGCUGGGGCUGGAGUUGGACCUGGAUUCAAACUCACCCCUGACUACCCCUUGUGGCUCUUGGGGGCACUGAGCUGGGCCUGGCAGGAGGCUGGGCCAAGCUGAGGGCAGGGUUACCCAGGAAGGAUCAAAGGAUCCAGAUCUAGAGCAUCACCUUCAGCUCUCCCCAGGGCACCAGGGCUGCCCCCUUCUCUGCCGGCCCACUGAGAGGGAUGAGAUUUGAACCCUCAUCCUGGGAGCUCUUCCCCCAUCCCUUUCUGGCCCCCAACUUUUGCUGGGGUAGCUGGGGCUGGGACUGGGACUGUAGGUUCCUUGGCUUUAGGGCUGUGGGUUGUAAGGCAGAAAAACCCCAGAACUACUCCAGGAAGUAACAGGUGCCCCGAGGGACUCUGGGAGCACAGUACUGUGGGUCUGAAUGGGAAUUCCCUGGAAUAAAGAACUGGGGGUGAGGUGAGGAGUCGUGUACAUCCUUUAGGGCAGAAGGCCAACUGAUGGCUGCCCCGGGGGCUCGGAAAGGAGGCUCCUUGUAGGGCCGGGCCAAACCUCCCAAUCCUGGGGCAGGGGGAGCCCUGUUCCUAAAGUAGUUAACUUGGGGCCUAAAGAGGGGAAAGGGCUUGCCCCAGGCCCACCGGCCACUCAGGUCAGAGACUCUGUGCACGGAGCCCGGAAGGGCCUUUGAGGUCACAAGGGUGCCUCUCCUCCCCCCAUUUUACAGCGUUGGAAACUGAGGCACGUGGCUGGCCCAGGGUCCCCUGGCAGCAGCAGCCAGUGUCAGAGCAGGGAUCGGAAAACACCUGCGGUAUCCUCAGGGACCGCCCCCGGCUCAGACUCCGCCCCCCUCCCGGCUGUUGGGCUGAAACUUGCAAGUGCAAUUUACCACGACGCUCCAGCCCUGCGCGGGAGGCGGCGGGGCGGACUACAAAACUACAAAGCGGGGGCUGCCGGGAGGAAGUGACGCCCAGGCGGGCGGCAGGAGGCUGGACCGGCCGGCUGCCAGGCGGGAGCGGGAUCCGUGGUUGUGGCGGCAACAGUAGCAGCUGCAGCCCGGACCCUCAGCCCCAGCCCCGGGGAAGGAUCCUUGCCGCGCCGCGGGACCGGGCCGGACGGGUUCUAGAUUUGGGACUUCCCCCUUCCCGGGCCUCGGUUUCUUCAUCUGUAGAAUGGGCCCAGCUCCUUCCUAACCAUCGCGCUAGCGCCCGGGCUGCCACACUGGGGCCGACGGGGUCACCCAGCCAGUAAGGGCCGAGACGGGAUUGGAACUCGGGUCUGCUGGCUCCAAGCACCGUGAUCCCGCGCGCUUUCUCUGCCUCCCAGGCCCCGGAACAUGGCGCUCUCCAAGCUCUGUGCCCUCUUGUCCCUUCUGAUGCUGACCGGCGCGGGGGCUUCUGAGCCGGGGAGGCCGAGCCCGGAGCCCAGCCUGGAGAUCUACAAGAAGCUGUUUGCGGUGAAGCGGAAGGACCAGCUGAAGGCGCUGAAGAACCUUGUGGAGCUCAACGACAUCCACCAGCAGUACAAGAUCAUCGACGUCAUGCUGAAGGGCCUCUUCCAGGUGCUGGAGGACUCCCGGGCCGCCCUCCUGGCUUCUGACAUCUUCCCUGAUGGGCCUCUUCCCGAGGACGAGAAGCUGAAGGACGCCUUCUCGCACGUGCUGGAGAACACGGCCUUCUUCGGCGACGUGGCGCUGCGCUUCCCCAAGAUCGUCCAUCACUACUUUGACCGCAACGCCAACUGGAACUACCUGGUCCGCUGGGGCAUCAGCUUCUGCAACCAGAGCGGCGUCUUCGACCAGGGCAGCCACGCGCAGCUCCUGGGCCUGAUGGCUCAGGAGCUGGGGAUCAGCGAGAGGUCCCCCGAUUACAGGAACCCCUUUACAACAGACCCCUCAGAGUCCCUCCCGGGUUCGGAUGCCUUCCAGAAGGCCCUGAAGGAAGAGGAGCGGCGCCGGAAGAAGGAGGAGAAGCGGAGGGAGAUCCGCAAGGGCCCGCGCAUCUCCAGAUCUCAGUCCGAGUUAUAGCCCGGAGCGGAGUGCGCAGAAGAGGAGGGGCUCUGCGAAGGGGGCGGGGCCUGGCCUGGCGGCCCCCUGGCAGAGCCAAUAAAAUAAGCAGAUUCUGAGCUACGGGGAGCCCCUGCUGGAGAAGGGAGGGCGUGAGCGGGCCAAUGCCUCUGCCUCGCAGGGCCCGCACAGCUGUUCCGACUUAUGUCCGAGCCCCGCCGACCCCUGGGGCGGCUUCUUCGCUUCUGAGCCUGCCCUCCCCAGGCCCGCCCAGACCGCCCUUCUGCCUUGGCGCCAUCCUUGGCGUCCUGACCAGUCCAAGGGAGCGAGAGGUUUGGCGCUGGAAGGGCGAAGCCAGAGGUGGGAGCGUCCGUGGAGGGGAGCCCCCACCCCGUGAUCCGGCUCCCCGUCGGCCAUAAUGCUGUGCCCGCGCUUUCCGCUGACGUAAAAGCCCUCCUGUGUAUUGAUUCUGAGGAAGCGAAGUGGCGUGCUGGGGGUGUCUGCGGCUGGAUUGGAACCCAGGACCUCCCGUCUCCAGGCCUGGCUCUCCGCCCGCUGAGAAUCUGGAUGGCCUUCGGUGUUUAGCAAGGGAGAAGGGCCCAAGACACGAAGGCAGUCGGUCAGGGCCUCCACGGAGGUUCUUGGCCCUUCGGGGGCCCCCUCCGGCUCUAGUGGAAGGGGCGCCAGUUGGGGAUCCCAGGACAAGUCCGCGAGGCCCCUCUCGGGAUCGCCCGCUGACCCUCGGCCUUCUGCAGCCAAAGCGUCGUCAGAGAAGCCGUGGCGCACGCCGAUGUGGCCUCGGACCAGCCCUGCGGCCUGGACUCCGCUGGGCCGUCCUCCCUCGGGCUCUUAGAAAUAAAGUCAGAUUCACAGGAUGGGACGCGCGGCGCGGAGCGACUGGCUUAAAAACCGAGGGUGGGGACCCAGGUAAGCCCGUCCCCGGGCCUCGGGGGGCUGUGACGGCGCCCCCAGAAGUGACCGCUCAGGGGCUGGUCAUCAGUGACCGGAGGGCUGGGAUGACUUGGGCCCGCCGCGGCCCCUUCGCCUUUGCAGCCUCCCUUUCCUCCCCGAAGGCCUGCUCCGGCCCUGUCGGAGGAGCCCACGUCCUUCAGGGAGCUCGGCGGAGGCCGGGAGGAGGGGGAGCCCCCAAGGCCUGGCAGGGCCCCCAUUUCAGAGGACCUGCACGGGGUCAGCAGGGAGCGAGAGAUGCCGGUCGGAGGUUCUGCCCUCGGCCUCCCGGAUCAGACAGCUCUGGGUCCGCAGCGUGGAGUCAUUAUGUGUGUGGACCCCCGAUCCGGGUCUGCCUUACCCGUGCCCACACCCCCCAGCUAGCGGGCACGUGGUGGCGAGUUAGCUGCUGCCGGGCCUGCCGUCGGGAAGACCUGAGUUCAAGUCUAACCCUGUCGAAUGAGCAGAGGCAAGUGGCGGACCCCGUGCCGGGGGCCCCAAAGAGUCAGACAAGAUGGACGGGUGGGUGCAUCAUGGAGAGAUCACUGGAUGGAUGGAGGGACCGUCGGACAGAGAGAGACAGACAGGCAUUGGGAGCCAGAAGGGGCUUUCCCGUGCCGACGUCACAGAAGAUACAGGCUCAACGCUUUCCAGUGGCUUGUCCAGCCGAGCUGCUUCUCCGUUGUUUGGCCUUCUUGUCAGGUUCCUUCUCCGUUCUAAACCUCGGUCUCUGCAGCUGCAAAACGGGGGGGCUGUCGGCCACAGAGGGAUGUCCCGCCUCACUCCCGGGUCUGAUCCAGGAUGGAGCAGGCUCGAGCUAGAGUGGGCCCGGGCAGGGGAGGGGACUUGCCCCAAGUCACCCAGGACUGGGACACUCCCCUCUGGAUCCAGGCUGGCCAGGAGGAGAGGUGGGAGACACCAAGGCAGGAUGGGCAGAGGGAGGGCAAAUGCUCCAGGAGCCGGGCAGUGGCUGCUGUUGAGCGACCGCCCUCUCCAUUCUGGGGCCCUUGGAGAGCUGUUCCAGCCUCCUGGUUCUGGAGGAGUCCACUGUGGGCCCAGAAAAGAGAAGCUCCCUGGUCGGGGCAGAGCCAGGCCUCCUCCUGACAGAAGAAGCCCUUUUUCUCCAGAAGGCUCCUGGGAGUUUGGCCAGUCCAGAUCCCCUGAGGCCCAGGGGCACACAGAGAGUGUCCGAGUCAAGAUCUGAACCCAGGAGCCCUGGCUACAAAGCCAGAACACUUUUCUCCACAUAGCAUUGCCCUGUGAAGGGGCUUAAUCAAAUGUACCCAAGUGGGCAGAUUUCAAAAGUUCUUGUUUUUCCAA